UGUCAUGUCAGUAAUGCCAAGCCACUGUCAGUUAUGUCAUGUCACUGUCAAUAACUACAAAUCAUUACUGCAAAGGCCAAGUCACUGUCAAUCAUGCACUGUCAUUAAUGCCAAGUCCUUGUGAGUAAAGUGAAGUCACUGUCAAUAUCGCCAUGACAUCAUCACACUCCAUGAUGAGUUGUCAUUUUUCAACAGUGUUGAAAACGUCUCUUCAGGUUUGUGUUUUCAACAUUCUAAUCAACACACAACUUGUAGUGUCCACCUCUAGUCCAGAGCAUAAGGAACUGGUCAGAUUUGACCACUUCUUACAGCCCUAUCAUAAGAGGUAUCUAGGAAUACUGAAUGUACACUUGUUAGAGGCUGGUACCUCAACGCUUAAAGUUAGUUGGCAGCUUCUCAAUAUGACAUCUGCGGACAGCUUGAUUGAAUCAACGGCCAUCUGUGAGACCAACUAUGGGGCUAUUGUGUCUGACAAACUUAAGCCCGGCACUAGUCAGUUUCAGUUUCAUCAUCUGGACUCGAACACGGACUACGCCGUGUGCGUUUAUGUCCUGGAGAAGUCCGCCUCGACCAAUAUCAGCUUGCUACACUACAGCUGCCAAAGUUUUAAGACUAUUCCGUUGAUCAGGCUAGACAGUGUCGUCGCUGUGGUCAUUUCUGUGGGGUAUAUAAUGGCCAUGAUUCUCCUAGGUCUGAUUGGGUGGUGGAAAAACUCCUACAAGGUCAGACAGAGAAAAAAGAAAGAAGAGGCCCUGUUAAGGUUUAACAAGGACCACCGCAAUGAGAACUCAAAGAGGCAAGAAUCUGGGAAAGUUUCGCACAGUUUUGGAAUCGGUGAAGUUGUCAAUGAAUACAAGACUUCCACCAGCUGUAUCCCGAUGAGCUGUGUCAGACCGGAAGUAGCAGCCUUUCAAUACAACGCUCAGGAUCGAGAAAUAACAUUUUAAACUUCGGCCUAACAAUGUAACAAUCCAUUUGACAUUGUGGCAUACAUACUGACACAGUGACCUAAGGCUUCUCAGUCAAUUGAUUCCAGCGGCGUGCCGAGGUAUUCCAGCAAUGUGGAUGCACUGAGGUUUAGAAAAAAAAAGGACGAACAGAAAGAAGAAAAAAACUAACGUAGUACAUUAAAUACUAGAUUACUCAUUUAUGUGAUUUUGAGAAUAUGUCAUUUCCGGUGACCACGGCGUGACCUACUUUCAAGGAUUUACGUUUUAUGAGACAAGCGAUGUCUUUCAAAUAAAUGUAUUUUUUGAAAUACAAAUCCAGGGCCGCUUUCAGUUACAAAUACAGUUUUGAAAAUGCGGGAACAAUCGGGAACGACAAGGGAGAUAAUUUAAAAAAAAAAGACCUGCUUACAUCUGCUUGAUGGUGGAUUUCGUUCGAAAGUUUUGAAGGAUGCCAGUUGCCCAGCACUAUUUGAGAGAGAUACUUGUAAAUGAUUAAUAAGUAUAGUUAAUAAUUAAUUAAGCAACAACCUGUCAGUGCACAUGGAUGUCUGCAGUGCACAUGGAUGUCUGCAGUGCACAUGGAUGUCUGCAGUGCACAUGGAUGUCUGCAGUGCACAUGGAUGCCGGCAGUGCACAUGGAUGUCUGCAGUGCACAUGGAUGUCUGCAGUGCACAUGGAUGCCUGCAGUGCACAUGGAUGCCGGCAGUGCACAUGGAUGUCUGCAGUGCACAUGGAUGUCUGCAGUGCACAUGGAUGUCUGCAGUGCACAUGGAUGUCUGCAGUGCACAUGGAUGUCUGCAGUGCACAUGGAUGCCGGCAGUGCACAUGGAUGCCGGCAGUGCACAUGGAUGUCUGCAGUGCACAUGGAUGUCUGCAGUGCACAUGGAUGUCUGCAGUGCACAUUGCAGUUGUUUGUGGAAUCUCACUAUCUGUUGGGACACGGUUACUAUACGGCAUGUGUGGCCAACCGUGACACACUGGUGAAGUGUCGUGUGCCAGUAGUGCACUGGAGACCAGUCACGUGAGUGUGUGUUUAAAACAGUAAAGGAAAACAUCUAGCGGAGUUGCUUGUAUAUAAAUGUUAGUCUGUACAUAUGUUACUGUUAAAUUCUUUACAGUUAAAGGCACUUGUUUCACCACACCAUCUGUACAUAUGAAAUUAGUAUAUAUUACCUAUCGAAUUUUCAUUCAGUGGUUUGAAUCUUCUACUGGGUAACUAUUUCAUGGGGCCAGCUGCUUUCCUCCAUGUUCGUGAAGGCAAAUAGAUGCUUGGAAAAGUGUCUAGGGAGUGUGUGUGUGUGUGUUGCUAUAGUGACGGUGGGGAAGAAGUUAGCGAUUGGUUAUGAAUGACGCAAGUUGGUUGGCACUGUCGUCAUCUGGUCUGAGUUAGGGGGAGACGACUCCAGAACGUGAGACUGAAAGGUGGUGGUAUUAUAGUGAGUUAGGUUUUGUUAAAAAUAUUAUUACUUAAUAGUCUAGUGCAUUUAUUUUACCUCAAAUCAACUUGAUAUUGUCUACAUUAUAAAUAAAGUUAUAUUUAGUAUUUUACACUAAGAAGUUACUCAAGUCAUUUCAA